AAUUCUUUGGGUUUUUUCCUAGUUUAAUGGAGUUACACGUUUUGAACCCAAAAAAAUAAACAAAUUCCCAAGCCAAAUGUUUUUGCAUUAAAUCGGGAUGGGAGAUAAAGGUGGCUGGAGGAGAUGAGGUCGAUUUUUCAACUUUGUUCACCUCUUAAUCAAAAAGGCUGGAACUUCAAUGGCUCUAGACAAGACUACAUUCGAAACCAUAACCCCAUCUCGUUUCAUCACCUUCACUUUCCCCAACCCCUCCAACUCAACCACCCUCCUCCGCGUCGCCGUCCUCGACACACCUUUUCAACUCACCGGCUCACCCCGAGUCGCCGCCAUGCUCGUCCCCAAACAACGGGAGUCCGACUGGAUCUUCUCCACCGAGUCCGGUCACCUCCAGCUCCUGCUCAGCUCUCCCGGGAUCUCCCGCCUAAUCCUCACCGGCAACCAGCCCAUCAACGGUCACCAUUCACCGGCAAUCUACCACCGUCCAGCUAGAAACGACUCGUCGUGUGAUGGCGAACUCGGGGUGAGUUUGAAACCUCUUUUCCUUGCUUUAUCUCCUAAGUCUUGCUUCAAACAUGGCAUUCCUGAGAUACCCAUUUUGAGUUAUGAGGAUAAUGUGAUUUGUAGUGUGGUUUUGGAGAGGUGUGUUGGGUCUUUGGUUGGUGAAAUGGUGGUGGAAGAUGUGGAGAUUGAGAGUGGUGGUGAGGCUUCAAAGAGGGAGUUCAGGAGGCGUUUGAGGUUUAAAAGAAUGCCCAAUUUGGUUCAAACGGAGGUACGUAUUGUUCCCAACAUGGGCUUUGGUUUGGAUUAUGUGGAAAUCGGAGAAGUAGAGUUUAGGCUGGAUAAUAGUAUUUUAGUGCACCCUUAUUUGGUUCCUAUGGUGGCAAGUCUGCAGUUGAUUGCUUCUUAUAUUGAGGGACGGAUUCGAAGUGGGUUUAGGCCGAAAGCUUUGUGUUUAGGAGUUGGGGGAGGAGCUUUGCUUGGAUUUUUAAAAGCCGAACUCGGUUUUCAGGUUGUGGGUGUGGAGGCGGACAAGGAAGUUUUAAGAGUUGCUGGGAAGUAUUUUGGACUGGAAGAGGGUGGUGAGCAUAUCAAUGUUUGCGUUGGAGAUGCAAUAAAAGUUAUUGAGAAACUUGUGGGUGGAGGUAAUGGACAAAGUUCUGGUUCUUUUGGUUCUCAUGAGAUAGUGGAUGAUUGUGCCAUGCUCGAUGGCAAUGGCGUUGAUUCUAAAUUUGAUGUAGUGCUAGUUGAUUUAGAUUCAAGGGAUGCUGGAGAUGGUAUAAUUGCUCCGCCAUUCGAGUUUGUUAGGAAUGAUGUUCUUUUGGCUGCCAAAUCAGUUCUUUGUGAUAAUGGGAUCCUCGCUAUAAAUGUUAUUCCUCCAAAUAGAUCAUUUUACACAACAUUGAUACAGGAGUUCAGAGAAGUUUUCCACGAGUUAUAUGAAAUCGAUGUUGGAAAUGGGGAAAAUUUUAUUCUUAUUGCCCUUGUGUCCCCUGUUACAUCUUCUACUAGUGAUUGCGAGGAUUGCUUCCUUAACAAACUAAGAAUGGUUAUAUCAGGAGCAUACAUGAAUUCUAUAAAGAAGAUCUGAGAUGGGGUGCAAAGAGAAGGUGGGAUAAUCAACCCCUUGGGACCCAACAUAUUUUUAUCACUCCGCUUCUGGAUGGAUUGGGAGAGGGAAUACGAAUGUAAGAGGUUGAUUGGGAUAGCAUGCUGGAGAGGCGUUUUGUGGAAAUGGCAAAGAGUGUGGUGGUGGCAUCGAAUGUGGAUGUGGUCCUGGCAAAGAGUUGGAUUAAGGAAAACAACGUCAACGGGAUUUGUUUUCUCCUUGUCUAGUGAUUACAAGUCUCCCAGCGUGGAAGGGUAACCAGGGAAACCCUCUGUCAUUCAAUGGGAAAACUUGGAUUGAUAGUGAUGGUACCACUUAGCAGGUUCACUAGUUGAACCCAGUUGGAGAUCAUAAUUUGGUCAGAAGCCCUUGAACCAUUGAACUUACAUAUU